AUGGACCUUAAUUUUCUGUUUUCACUUCUUCUCAUUGCUCCUUGGUUUUUGUUAACCUUUCAUGCCAAUGCUGAGAUAACUUCCACAUAUAUAAUCCAUAUGAACAAAUCCCUCUUUCCUCAAAUCUUCACUACUCAUCAUGAUUGGUUCAAAUCCACCAUUCAUUCCUUAAAAUCAAAAACAUUAUCACUUGAUGGUCAUGAUUAUGAUUAUGAUCAAGAUCAAUCAUCAAAGCAAUCACUGAAGAAGAAACUAGUGUACACCUAUGAUAAUGCCAUGUAUGGCUUUAGUGCUGUUCUAUCUUCAAAGGAGUUAGAGACUCUUAAGAACAUUGAUGGCUUUGUAUCAGCAUAUCAAGACAAAACAGCCACCAUUGACACAACUCAUACCUUUGAAUUUCUCUCCCUAGAUUCUCCGAGUGGACUAUGGCAUACUUCGAAUUUCGGUGAGGAUAUAAUCGUUGGUGUUAUUGAUUCCGGUGUGUGGCCUGAGAGUCAAAGCUUUCAAGAUGAUGGCAUGACAAAGAAAAUUCCAAGCAAAUGGAAAGGAACAUGUGAAGUUGGUCAAGAGUUUAAUGCUUCCAUGUGCAACUUCAAGUUGAUUGGAGCUAGAUAUUUCAACAAAGGUCUUAUUGCUUCAAAUUCAAAUGUUACAAUCCUCAUGAACUCGGCUAGAGACAUUGCGGGACAUGGAACUCACACGUCAUCAACAGUUGCAGGUAACUAUGUUAAUGGAGCUUCUUAUUUUGGUUAUGCUAAAGGAGUAGCAAGAGGCAUUGCACCAAAAGCUAGGCUUGCUAUUUAUAAAACCAAUUGGCACGAAGGUCGUUUGGCUUCCGAUGUUUUAGCUGGAAUGGAUCAUGCAAUUGUUGAUGGCGUUGAUGUGAUUUCAAUUUCCAUGGGAUUCGAUGAUGUUCCACUCUAUGAAGAUCCUAUUGCAAUAGCUUCAUUUGCAGCUAUGGAGAAAGGGAUUGUUGUUUCAUCUUCUGCAGGUAAUUUAGGACCUAAUCUUGGAACAUUGCACAAUGGUAUCCCUUGGCUAAUUACAGUGGCGGCAGGAACAAUAGACAGAACUUUUGGAACUCUUGUUUUGGGAAAUGGGCAAAACAUCAUUGGUUGGACUUUGUUUCCAGCAAAUGCUAUAGUUGAAAAUCUUCCACUUGUUUACAAUAAAUCUUUAUCUUCAUGCAACUCAGAAAACUUGUUAUCUCAAGUUAACAAACAAGUAGUCCUUUUUUGUGACGACGAAUCAAUGAUAAACUCGACAUCAGUGUUUCAUCAAAUCAAUACUGUUGCAGCAACAAGUGUGUUGGGGGCAGUUUUUGUUUCUGAUAAUCCUAAUUUAAUUGAUUUAGCAAAUAUUUACUCUCCGAUUAUCGUAAUCAACUCAAAAGACGCAGAAACUGUGAUCAACUACGCAAAAACACACCAAAAUCCAACAGCAAGUAUUAGGUUUCAACAAACACAUGUUGGAAUAAAGCCAGCACCAACUGCAGCACAAUACUCUUCAAGAGGUCCUUCACAUAGUUUUCCAUGGAUUUUGAAGCCUGACAUAAUGGCACCUGGCUCUAGAAUUCUCGCUGCUUAUGUUCCUGGUAAAGCAUCGGGUAGAAUCGGCGCAAACGUGUUCUUACCAAGUGAAUUCAAUUUCAUGUCAGGAACAUCCAUGGCUUGCCCUCAUGUUUCCGGCGUUGCUGCUCUUCUGAAAUCCGCACAUCCAGAAUGGAGUGCUGCAGCUAUAAGAUCUGCAUUAAUAACCACAGCUAAUCCUAUGGAUAACACACAAAAUCCAAUAAAGGAUAAUGGUUACCCUUCUCAACAAGCUUCUCCUCUCGCUAUUGGUGCGGGCGAGAUUGAUCCUAAUAGAGCAAUGAAUCCAGGUUUGAUCUACGAUGUUACUCCACAGGACUAUGUUAAUCUUCUUUGUGGUUUGAACUUCACAAAGAACCAAAUUUUAACAAUUACAAGAUCAAGUUCUUAUGGUUGUGAAAAGCCUUCUUUGGAUCUUAAUUACCCUUCAUUUAUAGCUUUUCACAGUAACAAAACAAGAUCAAUGGUUCACAAAUUUAAGAGGACAGUUACAUAUGUCGGUGAUGGUGCUGCUACAUAUAAAGCUAAAGUGACACAUCCACAAGGUUGUUUGGUGACAGUGUCACCUGAUAUAUUAAACUUCAGUUAUAGAAAUGAGAAACAAAGAUACCACAUUGUCAUAAAGUAUGUAAUGUACGAGAAGGAAAAUGUUUCAUUUGGGGAUGUUGUUUGGGCUGAAGAUGGUGGAACACACUCUGUUAGAAGUCCUAUUGUUGUGGCACCAAGUGGAAUUGAAUGA